CGAGGGUGCACAGGACAAGGCACCCACCUGACCCUGGGACUUUGCCCUCCUCCUGGCACGGGCUGCCCUGUGAAUCCGCUUCUUCAGACAGUCUGUCAUGGCACGCUCGGACGUCCUCGCGCUGACUCUGGCCGCCCUUCUGGCUGCAGGGGCUGGGGCUCCCGUCCAUACUCAGGGCCCCCCGAAUAAGCUGCUCCUCGUGUCCUUUGAUGGCUUCCGCUGGGACUAUGACCGGGACGUGGACACCCCCAACCUGGACGCCAUGGCUCAAGCUGGGGUGAAAGCUCGCUACAUGACCCCGGCCUUUGUCACCCUGACCAGCCCCUGCCACUUCACGCUGGUCACUGGCAAAUACGUGGAGAACCAUGGGGUCGUCCACAACAUGUUCUACAAUGUCACCACCAAGGUGAAGCUGCCCUACUACACCACACUCGGCAUCCAGAGCUGGUGGGACAACGGCAGCGUGCCCAUCUGGAUUACCGCCCAGAGGCAGGGCUUGAAGACAGGCUCCUUCUUCUACCCCGGCGGCAAUGUCACCUACCAAGGAGAGGCCGUGACGCUGAGCCGGAAGGAAGGCAUCGCCCACAACUACAAAGACGAGCAGGAGUGGAGGGCGAACGUGCACACCGUGAUGAAGUGGCUGACCGAGGAGGAUCUGGCUCUGGUCACCCUCUACUUCGGGGAGCCAGACUCCACCGGCCACAGGUAUGGCCCCGAGUCCCCGGAGCGGAAGGAGAUGGUGCGGCAGGUGGACCGGACUGUGGGCUACCUCCGCGACAGCAUCGAGCGCCACGGCCUCACCGGCCGCCUCAACCUGAUCAUCACGUCUGACCACGGCAUGACGACCGUCCACAAGGGGGCCAGCGACCUGGUGGAGUUCCACAAGUUCCCCAACUUCACCUUCCGGGACAUCGAGUUCGAGCUCCUGGACUACGGGCCCAAUGGGAUGCUGAUUCCCAAGGAGGGGCUGCUGGAGAAGGUGUACGGGGUGCUCAAGGACGCCCACCCCAGGCUGCACGUCUACCGGAAGGAGUUCCCCACGGCCUUCCACUACGCCGACAACCCCAGGAUCACGCCCCUGCUCAUGCACAGCGAUCCAGGCUAUGUCAUCCACGGGAGAGUAAGUGUCCAGUUCAACCAAGGUGAGCAUGGCUUUGACCACAGAGUCAUGGACAUGAAGACCAUCUUCCGGGCUGUGGGCCCCAGCUUCAAGGCGGGCCUGGAGGUGGAGCCCUUCGAGAGCAUCCAUGUGUAUGAGCUCCUGUGCCAGCUACUGGGCAUCGUGCCUGAGGCCAACGACGGGCACCCCGACACCCUGCGGCCCAUGCUCCGGUCAGGGUCUGUUCUCCUGCCACGCAGGCAGCUCCACCGGGUGACGGCGCUGCUGGGAGCCCUGAUUCUUCUGGUCAAGGUGGCCUAAAGUUCCCCAGUUGAGCAGGCCAUCGGGAGUUUCCAGGGACGAGCCAUGCCCUGUCUGACCGUUUCCCAGUCUCCCUGCCUCUGCUCCUCACCAGCCUGCCCCUCCCUCGAAGCUGACCCCUGUCUUCCAGGAAGCCUGAGCCAGGCCCCUGCCACCACGGUCGCCUGCACUCCAAGGGACUUCAUCGGCAACCACACCCGUGUGCUCUGUCCCCUGCUGCAUCGGCCCGGGCCUGGCCAGCCCAGUGCCCGCCAGGUUCACACUCCACAGCGACAGGCCUACUCACACAUCCUCAGCCCCUCCGAAAA